GCCCAGGGCAUUUUGGUGGUAAUGCAGAACCUCAAGGACUUCACUGCAAAUUUCCCAAAUGUUCUCCAAAGCCCUAAACUAGGGUUUUUACUCCAAACGCAGAGGUCUCCAAGUUCUCAAAAUUCGCCAUCAAUAAUGGCGGAAUCAAUUUGCAGAACCCUCCGAGAUGGAUCUCUAGAAGGAGAGCAUGCACCAGCUCUCACUAUCAAAGAUACUGCUGCUUCUCCAUUCGGGUUUGACGUCUUUGCUUAUGUGCUCUCCCAAUUAUCCUCUUUCAUUUUGGCAGGAAAAUCCCAGUCUCGAGUUGUUGUAGUUGUCGCGUUUACACGAAGCCCAUCGUUUUAUGUAGACUUGUUGAAGAGGAGAGGACUAGAUGUUACUUCCUUUCAUAAAUGGAUUCAGAUUUUGGAUUGUUAUACGGAUCCUCUUGGGUGGAAGGGUAAGCUUGUGGAGUCUGGAAAUGCUAUGUGUAUAUCUGAUGAAGCUUCUAGCGUGACUCACCUUUGUAAGGAUGUGAGAGAUUUGGACAACUUAUACUCUUUGAUUCUUGAAUUGGGGAAAGGAUUGGCUGGACAGGGCAAAGCUCAUUUUUCAGUUGCCAUAGACUCGGUAAAUGAAAUGUUAAGACACGCUUCUCUUUCAAGAGUUGCAGGCCUUUUAAGCAACCUUCGUAGUCAUGAUCAAAUAUCUUGCAUCUAUUGGUUGCUACAUUCAGACCUUCAUGAAGUGAGGGUGACAUCUUCUGUUGAAUAUAUGUCCUCUAUGGUGGCCAAUGUGGAACCACUAAAUCCAUCUGCUAGUGGGCAGAGAUGGGAUUCGGAAAAUGUCUCUCUGUUGAAACAGAAUUUCCAGAAAGGAAAGCUUAAUGUCAGAUUCAAGCGCCGAAAUGGGCGUGUACGCUUGAUGUGUGAAGAAUUUCAUAUCGAGCAGUCAGGAAUUAAUUUUACACCUGUUUCAUCUGAAGAUGGAACUAUUAAUCAAGGCCUUUUGCCAAAGGUGCAGUUUAGCCUGCAGCUGUCAGAGAAGGAGCAGACCGAAAGGGCUAAGGUUUUACUCCCUUUUGAGCACCAAGGAAAUGGCAAACCCAUACAAAUUUAUGAUGGUCGAAGAUCUCUCGAGGAUAACAAAAAUGAGGCAACACUUGCGUCAACUGGGAAUUUGCAAAGAAAUGAGGCCUCUGGUGAGGGUGAGAUAAUAUAUUUUCGUGACUCAGAUGAUGAGAGGCCAGACUCAGAUGAGGAUCCAGAUGAUGAUUUGGAUAUAUAAUGGGUGUGAAAUCUUAUUAAUGCCAGACUGCCAAAAAUUGUAAAUUAUAGCUUCUUAUAUUUGUUUGGUUGAUUUUUUCACAUACCUUUGAACGUGAAUCAACUUUUACGAUCAAAAUAUGAAAGCCAGUAAACCCACUUGACAUUAGGAAUUGGAUAUCCUACAACCCUAAAUUCUGAGUCUCUGCACGCCAUCUCUUUCAUGUGUAGGACCGAAGCUUACCUUUGUACUAGACAUUGGCAUGGGUUCCCACCAAUCCAAUAUUAAGACCUCUAAUA